GAAAAUGAAAAAAUCCUAUAUAAGCCAAAGCUGAUCUGCAAAGGUGUAACCCUAGUUGCACCGAGCCACAGCCACCUCUCUGCUUUUCUAACACUUGCACACCGUUCCAUUCACUUCUAAAACCCUACCUUUCGUUCUUCACUGCCACCAAACCCUUCGCUAAGUGAGAACAAUUGAACAAGAAAGCAACCAUGUCAGAUGAUGAAAGGGAGGAGAAGGAGUUGGAUCUCUCUUCUCCUGAAGUUGUCACCAAAUACAAGACUGCGGCUGAGAUCGUUAACAAGGCUUUGAAGUUGGUGGUCUCAGAAUGUAAACCGAAGGCCAAGAUUGUGGACAUUUGCGAAAAAGGAGAUUCAUACAUUAGAGAGCAAACUGGUAAUGUGUACAAGAAUGUUAAGAGAAAGAUUGAGAGAGGCGUUGCUUUUCCAACCUGCAUAUCUGUAAACAAUACAGUCUGUCAUUUCUCUCCUCUAGCAAGCGAUGAGGCGGUGUUGGAAGGAGGUGAUAUAUUGAAAAUUGAUAUGGCUUGUCAUAUAGAUGGAUUCAUUGCUGCUGUGGCACACACACAUGUGCUUCAGGAUGGCCCAGUUACAGGACGGGCAGCUGAUGUUAUCACAGCUGCAAACACUGCUGCCGAAGUAGCCUUAAGACUUGUAAGGCCAGGAAAGAAGAAUAAGGAUGUAACCGAGGCAAUUCAAAAGGUUGCUGCUGCCUAUGAUUGUAAAAUUGUUGAGGGUGUGCUUAGUCACCAAAUGAAGCAAUUUGUAAUUGAUGGGAACAAAGUUGUGCUUAGUGUAACAAAUCCAGAUACAAGGGUUGAUGACGCGGAGUUUGAGGAAAACGAAGUUUAUGCAAUUGAUAUAGUAACAAGCACUGGAGAAGGCAAGCCCAAGCUGUUGGACGAAAAGCAGACAACUAUUUAUAAGAGAGCCGUUGACAAGAGUUAUCACUUAAAGAUGAAAGCAUCUAGAUUCAUUUUCAGUGAAAUAAGCCAAAAAUUUCCAAUUAUGCCAUUCUCUGCUAGGGCUUUGGAAGAGAAAAGAGCUCGCCUGGGUCUAGUGGAAUGUGUGAAUCAUGAGCUCUUGCAGCCAUAUCCUGUUCUGCAUGAAAAGCCGGGUGAUUAUGUUGCGCACAUCAAAUUCACAGUCUUGCUAAUGCCAAAUGGAUCAGAUCGAGUCACCUCUUAUCCACUCCAGGAGUUGCAGCCAACGAAAACCAUAGAGGAUCCAGAUAUCAAGGCAUGGCUGGCUUUGGGCACAAAAACAAAGAAGAAAGGUGGUGGAAAAAAGAAGAAAGGUAAGAAGGGGGACAAGGCAGAUGAAUCAGCUGAAGCUGAGCCUAUGGACUCUACAAAUGGUCAAGAAUGAGUUUAAAAUGAUCUCGUUUCAUUUUUCAACCCCUUUUCAAUUUUGGUACACUGUUCACUGAAUUGUAUCUCUGCUUGGAUAUGAAUUUAGUAUAGUAUUCACUGUUCAAAUAUUAGAUACUAACAGCAAAGUUUUCGUAUGCCCAUUAUUGUUGCACCCCAAAUGCUUACUUUGUUCUGCCUUUUCUUAGAGCAAAUAUCCCUUUUCUCAAAACAAAGAGUUUGUACUUUAUAAAGAUGGGUUUCAAUUUGUUUUAC